AAUGGGUAGUGUGUCAAACUCCUUAGACGUUCAUGUGUUGACCUUAUAUUUUUCCUCUAAUAUUUUAUGAAAUUUCACAAGAAUGGAUAUUCCGGAUAUUGAAAUUAAGGAAGAAAAUGAUGAUUUUGGUUCUAUUGUUGUGAAAGAGGAGUACAAUUAUUAUAAUUAUGCUGAAGAACCACAAAAUAAUGCUGUUUAUGAUGCAAAUGGAAUUAAUUUCAUUAAAACUGAAAAGGAAGAUGAAGAACCGGAAGAAAUCAAAGAGGAAUUAGUACAGUUUGAGAUUACAGAAAUCUCUCCAGAGAAGAGCUUGCGUCCUUUAGACCACGUAUGCUCAGUUUGUGAUGAGCGAUUUUCAACCAAGUCAUCAAUGCUACUUCAUAGAGUUAAUCAUUUUGGACAGGAUUACUUCUACUGUGCGCAUUGUACUAAAAAAUUCUUAGAGAAGAAAAGAUUGGAAGCACACCUUGCCACUCACAGGAGAACUGGUUGCAAAAUAUGUCGGAAAGUAUUUAAAAAUUCAACAGCUUUGGAAAAUCACAUGGACAAUGAGCAUCAAAUUUACAAAUGCCGUCUGUGCAGAACAACUUUCCCGAGAAAAUGUAGAUUAAUUCAACACAUGAAAACAACGCACAAAGAGGAACGGAAUAAGCUGGGAAUUUACCAGAUUCUCUAUAAAUGCACAAUGUGUAGUAUAAACUUCGAAGGCAAGAAGGAUCUCCUUCAUCACCACACUAAGCACCAUGUAGGUCCUACAAAGCCAUUCAAGUGCCUCUACUGCGAAAUGGUUUUCACUACUUUCGGAUAUAUUGAAGCUCAUGUCUUUAAGAAUCAUCGUGGGCUGCCUAUUGAUGCAAUUGAAUUUCCAAUCUUAUGUUCCAUUUGCAAAAUGAGUUUUAAUAACUUGGAACAACUUAAGGAACAUUCAAGUGCACACACACUUGAUACCAUCUAUUCAUGUGGAUUUUGCAAAGAAAAAUUUUAUAGUGAAGAUAAAAUAAAACAUCAUGUUGCUACAUUCCACGAAAAGAAACAGCUGCCUAAGGGAUUUCCAGAAAUUUGGAAAAUGUUCAGCUGCCCAACAACAGGAAGAACGUACUAUGCGCACUGUCUACGAAAGAAAACCGAAGAAGUGCCAAAGAAUCGUUGUGGACCUACCUUCACAUGCCCAAUUUGUUUUCGUAAAUUCUGCAAAGAAGGAACUUUCAAUAAUCACAUUACCAAACAUACAAGGGAGCACGAAGAUAAUCCUGCUGAUGGUGUUACGAAAUCAGAAGUUUACAUGAGGAAUGGAAAGAGUAAAGUUUUCUUCAAGUGUCGAUUGUGCAAUAGGAUGUACACCACCAGAGAUGAAGUGAUGAAGCAUGAAAAGUGCCAUGAAGAAUACAAAAACUUGGAUCGUGUGAAUUCCCUCUAUCUUCUACUGAAAAAAGCAAAUUCCGUCAAAACCAUCGUCAGGAGCAACAAUGCAACUACGGUAUCAACUAAGGCUCAAACUAGCACAAUAGUUAAUUCUACGGGCGUGACUACGAUAAAGAAUGAAGUCAUUGAUUGCUAAAAAGUAAGGUUUUGGAUGAUUUUGGGAGAGAAAUAUAUUGAGGUGCGCCUUAUUCUUAAUACAAA